AAAGUGACUGAUCUGACCCGACUGACAAGAUUAAAAAUGACCUCCACUAGGUUACUCUUGAAACUCCCCAAGUGGAAGAACGACUCAAUAAACAACUGCCACACAACGCCUCCAUCAGUCUCUGCAGAGUGCAAAGAUGGCCUGGAAUCACAUGCCAGUUUUGUGACCAACCCUGUGGUAGCACUGCAGUAACCUGCCAAUGGGACGUAUGGGAAGAGGAUUGCAAUCUCAAUAACAAAGAAAUUAUGAGCCCACAAUUGAUGUCUCCCAACUUAGGCAACCCGAACAGUUUCAGUUGCUGUAUUUCCCUCUAACCAGCCGCUGAUAACAGUGGGUCGUCCCCAUGGCUCUCAAAGCGGUGCUCUUACUGUUGCUAUGGGACCUCACUUUGUUUGUUCACAGUGUCACGUCUUUGUGCAACGUCAACUGCUCGACAGACUACGAAUCUUCUCUGAACUGUUCCUGCUCUGGCUCUCUGCCGACAUAUUCCGUCCUCCUCAAUGUCAUUUGCAGGGAUGAACUUCAAACCGAGGUUUAUGGCAGCUGUGAAGUCAAACCACCUCAGUCCUGGUGCAUAAUGAAACCGGAGUCAUUUGAUGAAGUUUUAUCCACUGGAACCUUUUGUAAUGCGACAGCCAGUAAACAGGGAGAUCAAGUGAAUGCCAGUGGGUUGUCCACAUGGGGACUGAGUCAAGUGGUGAAACUGUCGCCUCCUGUCAAUGUUAGUGUGACAAACAACGACGGGGUCUACAACAUCACUUGGGACCAAGUUGUGAACAGCGAAGAAGAUUGUAUCACAUACAGGGUGCGCGUGAGAGACAGCAAAGACUUGUCGAAGGAUCCAGUUCUCUCCCUUUUAAUGAAAGAGAAGAACAUUCUGUUAGACCAUAAGCAUCUGCAACCACAUGUCUUCUAUACUGUGGAUGUUCAGACCAAAAUGUGUCCUGGGAAUCUCUAUGUGGGUCCAUGGAGCGAGUGGAGCUCCACUGCACAUUGGAGGACUAGAGGAUCGUACGAAGGAGUUAAUGGACUUUGGUGGUACGUCCCUCUGUCCGUUGUUCUUGUCCUUCUCCUGUUGCUGGGUUACUUCAAAAAACCGUGGUGGCAGCAAAAACUCCAACGGAUUUUAUACAUCCCCAAGGCGGAGGAGUUUUUCAAGCCCCUCUACCUCAGCUAUGGGGGGAACUUCAAGGAGUGGGUGAAGCCUGUAUUCAACGAGUACGAUUACCUGAUGAUCAACCCACAUGCUCAGGUGAUGAGCGAGAAGCAGCACGACGUCCUUCAGUGGAACAACGAGAAACAACUCUACAGCGAGGACAACGAAGUGAGACAGGCUGGUCAUUUCCUGCACACGCUGCAGCCCCACAGCAACUCGCUGCUGUUCUUCCAGGACGGUGGCAGUUCACAGGGCACCGGUCACUCCACCGGACACAUCUCCAUCCACACUGUGACUCUAUCUGGAGAAGAAGAGUUUGAGGAGGAAGUCGGGUCACUGAGCUCCAUAAACACCCCAAGAAGUUACCAAGAUGGAGAACGCUUUGGAUCAUUUAAGGAAGACGGCAGAGAACACGCUGGUUAUGAUUUAGAGGGACCUCAGAGGCAAAGUGGGCUGUUACCACAACAUGAAAACCAAAUAUUGAAUGACUUAUCGAUGGAAAAUAUAAACUUUCCACCACGUGCCCAGCUUAAUGAACCAGAGAGGGUGUCACUCGACUCAUUCGCCUCGAACGAGCAGUCGGAAGACGGCUACCCUCACGUGGACUUGGACACUAUUGACAGUGGUUUCGGAGAGUGCGGCAGCCCUGGAGCCUCAGACUCAAACGUAGCGGAGCAGAUGCACUCUGAUUUAUUUCACGAGCACAAAAGCUUGAAUUCUAACUACGUCAAGCAGUGGAUGAUAUGUAGCACUAUUCAAGACGACUUCAGCGACUCAGAACCGGAACUCCAUGAGACACCGUGAUUAUCGCUGCAGAUUCGCUGCUACAAUCACAGUUAGUGCUGUGGGACAAUUACCUUAAAGAAAUGGUCAUUAUUGUUUUAAUUUCCAGAAAAUACACUUUUUAAAAGAAGUAAAUUGGAAGUAUCUGCUCAGCAUAAAACCCUGUAUAUUCUGUUAAUCUUGAAAUGUUUUGUUGUGCACUUUGUACGAUGUACAUAUUCAGGUUUAAAUGUUUUUAGAAACAUUUGUUAUUGUUUUGUUUUUUUUGCUUUAAAGACAGUUUAAAGAGAUGGGACACAGAGAUUUAAUCGGAGAGAGAUAUAGAUGACUUGUAUUGAGACUGGAGUGUGCCAAAAUAACAAUUAUACAUUUUGUUGUUGACUGUUAAUUAAUAAUUGACCAUUUAGAGCAGGAAAAAAGAAUCAAUUUAUUAGCAGAUCAUAAUGAAGCACUGAGGAAGUCCAUAAUUGUUAUUGUUACACUCCAGACUCCAUAGACAUGCACCAGGAGAUGAAAAUAUUGCCUUUAUUUGUGCUGCUGGAGGAUGGUUAUUGUCAUUUUUGUCACUGUAUACACAGCUUCAUAUUCUCAUGGCCGUGCACACGUCAUUAGCUUGUAUUGUAGCAUCAGCAUGCCUGCUACCUUAUCAAGAUGUCAGAUAAUGUUUGUUCUCUUAGCAAAUGCAUUUUCUCAGUAACCACUGUAACCGUCCAUCCUGUUGCAACAUUAACGUCAGAUAAAAGAGCAAACUUGGAGCAAAUGUAUCAUCUGUACACAUAAGAAAACAAUUAUUUCUAUUAGCCAACACCAAUCUGUUAUUAAUUAAUAGUUAAAAAAAAAAAAUUCAACCUCAUAAAUAAAAUCUAAGUUAACAUAGAGUGUAAGUGACCAGGAAAUAGCCUUCUGGUGUCAGAAUCUGCCCUUAUAGCAUUCUGCACAGUGGAGGUCAAACAGUGACGUUACAUAAGCAAAACACUUCUUUGAGUGGAGGGGAACUUAAAUGAUUAGGCAUUGAAGGUUAUACAAUAACAGCACUGUAGAAAAAACAUAUUAUAUGAUGAGCACAUUUUUGUCGCCUUGUUUUGUGACGUGACUUUGACUUGCGGCAUGAGAUUUAAAACAGUUGCAGCUAAUAAUUUUUGUGUUAUUUGGUUGUUUUUUGUAUAUCAGCAAUAAGGAAAAUGCAGUUUGCCAGGUUCUCACUGAAUCAUUCCCCGAACUCCAAAUGAAGAGUUCCAGAAGUCAUAUUGUCAUAUCUUAGCACUGCAGGAGAAAUAAGAAUAGAUAUAAAACACAGCCAGUCACACACAUGAACUACAAACAGCUUCAGUAAUAGUUCCAAGUUAGAAUCCAAGUUAUAAGUUUCAAUUCACCCAAUGGGAUGAAACUUAUAGUUUCAAUUCACCCGAGUCGAACAGGCCUGAGAUCUGGUCUGGUGGUGGUUUUAAAUGAGAAGAUGCGACGACUUUAGGAGAAGACAUUUGUAAACAAAAAUGAUAGAAAUCCAUUCUUGUUGCAAGUGAAGACAAGCUGACUUUUUUCAUAUAUAUAACUGCACUCUUGGUUGCAAGUCCAGACUUACUGUAGGAACUGCAGGAAGAGCUUUUUCUGCUGAACUAAGUGCAGACCUUCGUACAUGCUUAGCAGAUCAGAAACAUAGCUUUGAGCAAAUCCAUUUUGUGUUGCAAGUGAUUACUAGAAUUUUUAAAUGUAUUCUUGGCUCAAUGGGAAGCCAAUGAAGGGAUGUUUAACAUGGGAUACUGUCGAGCAGCAUUUUGGAUUAAUUGUAGAUGGUUUAGUGCUUUUUGCUGAUAUAAAAAUAUAGAUUAAUGGUAAUACAGAUGGGAUGAAAUUAAGGCAUUAAUAACAUUCUCCAGGCAGACAGAAAGGGGUUAAUUUUUCUUGAUAAUAACAACAUGAUUGAAUCGCACUUUGUACUCUCAAAGGUCACUCUCGUUCCAUUACUUUCGACUGUCAGGUUGGACGGUUAUUCAACACUUUGUAUCAUCAAGCUUUUGGGAAUAAUCAAACUACAAGAAUCAGUAGGAUUGAAAGCGUGGAUGAAGUCAUGAAGUGUCUGCAGCUCCUGUUCCUGUUCCUGUGCUGUUGCUCCAGCAUCCUAGCAGUGACCAGCGGCAUCAAAGUUGAUGGAUAUUCAUGUGUGACUGCCUAUUGGGACACAAUUACUUGUGUCUUGAACAUCACUGGUACUCCCGUAGGACAGUCCAACACCAACUACAGCCUGAAAUUCAUUGAUGAUGAUGAUGGCAACGUACGGUCCUGUCCACUUGUGGUGAUGAAUCACAGUUACAGCUGUGCCUGCAAAGUCGUGGACGACCCCGAGUGUUUAAGCUCUUUGGUUACUUAUGACAUAAAACUUUGUCAUGAAUCUGUCUGUCAUCCUGUAACAACGGAUUUUGACCCAUCAGAUCACGUUAAGCUGACACCACCGCAUCCACCUGAGAUCCAAGAAACACCAGAGACUGUCAACAUCAGUUGGGAAAGUGGGUAUGAAGGCCAUAGGUUCCUCUCCACAGUCCUUGUCUAUGAAAUUCUACUUCAAACAUCUCAAGGCACUGAGACCAAACUCAGUUCACAGAAUACCUCCUUAUUGAUACCAAGGUCAGAUCUUCAACCACAUGCUACAUAUUACAUUAAAGUGAGAUCUGAACCGAAUCACCGUGAAUAUCAAGGAACUUGGAGUAAUUGGAGUCCAUCGACAUGCUGGAAAAAUGAAGCAGGAGAAGAGGAAGAAGAUGAAGAUGAAGAUAAUACGUUUGUCAUUUUGAUCAAAUCUCUGGGCCCAGUGUGUGUGGCUGUUGGAGUCAUGCUGUUUGUGCUCUUCAGUCCCACUGUAAGAAUGAAGAUAAAAACUCUGUCCCACACACCAACGCCAGCCCCUUUCUUCCAACCUCUAUUUCAACAACAUGGAGGCAAUCUCCAGGAAUGGCUUUCACCUCAAGGCAAAUUUGUGCUAACAUACAAAACUGAAGAGAUCUUGAAAACCGAUACUGUGAUUGUUGUGCCGAAACCCGUUACAAAGUACCCAGAGGAGAACCAGGGCUUCCUCAACCCUACAGUACAACUGGCCUUAGCUCAGUGUCAAACUGCCUAUGUAGGCUUACCCGGGAUCCAUGAGGCCUCCACGCCUUUAACUAUGGUUUGUCCAGGGGAAACUUCUUACACUCAGCUCCCUUUCCCUGUCUGGGAUGUUGGCAUUAAGGAGGUAGAAGUCGUCUCUGCUCCACCUAAAGAUGUCUUCAACAUCAGCAGUGUAGACUCUGGCUGCAGCUUUGAGGAUCUGACCCAAAGCCCAGACUACAGUUUACCAAACAGUCCUGUUGAUGACAGUCAACCACCAUGUUUCUGUGCUGAUUACUGCAUCCUCAACAAAACAGCAGGAGGGUUUGCUCCUGUUUUAGCGUAUAAAGGAAGCAGCGUAAAUGUUCCAUCUGAUUCCCUGCAAGAGGAAUAAGAAAUGGUCCUGUCAGUUGGUUUGGAGGGAAUUGAAAUUCACUAAUCACAAUGACUGUAUAUUAAAUGGCAGGGAAUGGUGUGGUGGAAAUUCCCAAUAUACUAAUACUAUCUAUCUAUGUCCCGAGAUGACUCUCAAUGAGCGUUGAAAUAAUGAUCAAAUGACAAAUGAAUGUCAUUGAUGUAUUUUAUUUCUUGCAAGAAAGAGGCAGAGGUUUACAGUAUCACAGGGAGCCUGCAAAGCAAUGCACUGAAGAGUAAGGCUGCUCACCCCUGGUAUAUAUACAGGAAAAACCACAAAGACGGGGUGACCAGGGUUAUAAAUCAGUGUCUGCAGGCUCAGUUCUGAAUUAGUAUCUCCUGAUGAAAAAGACCAAAUAGGGAAGAAGGUCAAUAGGUGAUAGAAGAAGGAAUAGGGGGGGAAGCUAAAAGGAGAGCGAACAGGUGGAGAGAGAUAUGUCAAAAGGCAUAACACCUAAUAAGGUUCCCGGCCUUUUGAGUCAGACCAAUGGUCAUAAGCAGGCUUGCAUUCUUUCAUAAUGUAUGUUAUGUGUUCAAACUAGCAAUUUAGCCAGUGCAGGUUUUGUGUGUUUUUAUGGUUUGAAUUCCCUGCAAUGAACCAUUCCAAUGCACCUGCUCAUGUCUCUUUCCAUGAAGCAAACAUAAACACGGCUUGAGUCUUGGCUAACUUGCUUAUGUUACACUUGAAUUACAAUGUAAUGACUUGAAUGCAAUUUUCCCAUUAUCUUUUUAUGAUUUUUUUUUUAAUGCAUAGCUAAUCAUUAUCUUUUUGCUUGUGUCUGUACUUUGCUUUUACCUUUAAUGAAGAUAAACUUCAUACAUAAUGCCUGUGUGAGGCCAGUUGCUCCUAAAUAUCAAAUGCUCACCAUAUACAGUAUUUCCCCAAGGGGAUCAAUAAAGAAUAAUUUCUAAAUGAA